AUGCCCCCAGUCACUGCCAGAAACCAGGCCGAGCUGCAAGCCCAGAGGACCAAGCUCACCAACUCCUACAAUGAGCUCCUUGACGAAUUCUCGUCCAAGGACCUCCGCACCGUUGGAAACUACACGCUCGGCCGCCUCAUAGGAAAGGGCUCGUUCGGCAAAGUCUAUCUCGCGUCCCACAAGCUCACCAAUGGAUCCAAGGUCGUCCUCAAGUCCGCCAACAAGAAUGACUCCAACCUGGCCCGCGAGAUUCACCACCACCGCCAAUUUUUGCAUCCCCACAUUGCCAGGCUCUACGAAGUCAUCGUGACCGAGACUCUGGUUUGGCUGGUCCUGGAAUACUGUCCUGGAGAUGAAUUGUACAACCACCUUCUGCAGACCGGGCCCAUGGAGCCGGCCAAGGUGCAGAAGAUUUUUACUCAGCUCGUCGGUGCCGUCACCUACGUCCACGGCAAAUCUUGCGUGCAUCGCGAUCUGAAGCUCGAGAACAUUCUGCUGGAUAAGCAUGGAAACGUGAAAUUGGUGGAUUUCGGUUUCACGCGCGAGUAUGAAGGCAAAUCAAACUACCUGCAAACAUGGUGUGGAACGGUUUGCUACAGCGCGCCAGAGAUGCUCAAAGGAGAGAAAUACGGCGGAGAAAAGGUUGACGUCUGGAGCUUGGGUAUCAUUCUCUAUGCGCUGCUGUGCGGAGAGCUGCCCUUCGACGAGGACGAUGAGAACGUCACCAAGUCAAGAAUCCUCAAAGAGGAGCCGAAUUACCCGGAUCAUAUGCCGCAACAAGCAAAAGAACUGAUAACGCAGCUUCUGUCGAAGCGACCACUCCUUCGUCCGGCGUUAUCCGAAAUUCUCCAGCAUCCGUUCCUCGCCGAACACGCGCCCAAGCAACAGGAAAUCCUCAAGCUUCAACAGCCUGCUGCGUUCUCCACAGACUUGGAGAAAGAGACGCUGGAGCGGAUGCGCAGUGCUGGUGUGAACAUAGACCAAGUCAUUGAGAGUGUGUUGGCUCAGCGUUGUGACAGCUUGGCCGGAUGGUGGGCCUUGCUCAUAGAAAAAGAAGAGCGUAAAGCGAAGAGGCGCGAACGCAAAAGAAAGGAACGAGAGGCCGAAGCCAAGAGCUUGCGUCGACUAAGUGCAGCUAGCAGCAGACUCGACCGACUUGCACCGACGAUUAGGGAAAUCGACGAAGGUGAGACGCCCGUGCCUCGUCUCUCCGAACCACCCAGAAGCCGAGGACGAAACAUGCACCGACAAGCUUCAAGCUCUGGAGGCGGCUCGGAUCUUCCGCUCGUCCCAGAAGCUGCGCGAUCGCCGGGGGAGGAGAAGCCUCCUCCGCCGGCAAAGGAUAGAGUUAGAAAUAGGUCGAUCAGCAGGCAGCGCCCACCCCUACCGCCGAAGGAAUACUCCCGCUCGCGCAGAAGCAGCAGCAUGCUGCACGUCGUCACGACCAAUCCCGAACUCCUUGGUCCGAACGGCUUUGUGCCAUCAAAGCGACGGAGGAAGUACCAACAGCCGUUCUUGGCUCAGUUGGCAGCGGUCAAACAUUGGUUUAAGGAAUCUGCAAAGCGUGCUAGAUCUAGAUCACCAGGUUCGAAAAGCAGCAAAUCCCCGAAAGCCAACUCGGGGAAGCUCACCAAGUCAGAUGACACCAGGAGGCCAUCUGAAGCGAACACGCUGAGCACGACCGCGCUGUCCCCGAAGGAGCGUCCGCAGUCUGAGAAUCUCCAAACUUACCCUCAGCGCCCUCGGAUCCAAACUAGGGCAAGCACCGGCUCCAACAAACGAACCUCGCUCUCGCCGUCCCCCUUGACGCCGCGCUCGUCGUAUCGUCGUAGUUCUGCCGGUCUCCGCGGCCGCAAGUCGACUUCCUCAUCCGUAUCAUCAAUCCGUAGCAUUCACCACGUACACUCACACUCCAAGGCUAGCUCCACGUCUUCGGCUUCUCUAGUCUCACCUUCCAUUCGAAGCAAUCACGGCCGCUCACCGCACCAGUCUGUCAAAGUUCUCCCAGCCACGCCUACGGGCUCCACGUUCCCUUCCAACAUCCGCCUCGUCCGCGCCACACAAGCCGAGUCCGCUGCAGCUUUUGCGACCCUCCCGCCGCCAUCGCCUGGAGUUCUUUUUGCGAAGCGGAAGCGCACGCCGUUCAAGGGCCCAGCGCUCAACAUGAACCCCAUUCAAGGUAGCCCCAGCAGCAGGGGCAGAUCGAGGAGCGAUGGUGGUAGCAGGAGCACGAGCAUCCAGGGACGACAGAGCGGGGAAUUAAUAAUCGAGGAGGAAGAGGAAGAGGAGGAGAUGAUCGAGGAGGUCGAGGCGUUCAGCCCUGUACUUGGGCCUAAUGAAUACAUCGAGGAGACGAUCAGCGACAUCCCUGCGCUGGAGCCUCCUCUGGAGACGCCGACGAAGCUCAAGCACGACGUCUGA